GUUCAAAGACGUGGUGACGCCGGGCCAGUAAUCCCAGCAGCACGCGAAUUACUGAAGAGGAGAGAACCGACAGAAAACAACGGCUUGAUUCUGUUGGCAAUAGAAAAUGAAGGUUUCUGAAAACACCAGCUAAUUAAGGCGAGUUUUGGGGAGGUGCAUAAAAAAUAACUAAUUCUCUCUUGAUCUGUAUCUCCUUUCUGCGCGUUUGUGUGUUCGAAUCAAGCCAUUCCGUUAUCCUGAGACGGAUCGUUCUAACGGGGUUACGGUAACAGGCUUGUCAGUGUGAUGCGACAUGUCCUAUUUAAAAUGUCAGUUGAUUAUUUAAAUCAUUUGGUGUUAUGUUGUAGAUUAUUUAGCUUACUGUCGUAAUGUGGGUCUUCUGGAGUGACGGUUUACGAACACGAGAAGGAGAUGGUGAGCGUAGGCACGUAAUGUACUGGAUUCCACAUACGGCAACAGUGGUCUCGCACUGCAGUGCCGUUUGAUAAUAAAGCAUAGGCACAGCAAUUGGGAGGGAUACGGCUCUGUUUAGCUUUCCUUGUUCCUAUUCGAUUCAACAAAGAUAAAUCCUUAUUUAUACGUUGUGCGGAUGUGUGUGUGUGCGUGCGUGUGUGUUCUCAAAUGUCAUGUGAUCAGAAAGGUCUAAACCAAUUUCUCACAGUUCCUUGUCUGACAUGCACGUGUGCACACACGCGAGUCCUAUCAGCCGUCGUCACAUGUCAUGGUAAUAGCUCACUGCGUUGCCAUAGUUACCUGGUCGCCUGUCCUCUGCAUCUACAGGACCCCUCCGCCCCAGACCUACACAAACCCCCCAACCCUUUUUUGGGGACGUUGUGUAAUCCAGUAUAGAUGAUGCUGAGAGAGGAAGAGUAGGAGGCAGCGCUGGAGCGGGGUAGAGAAGUGUGCUGUCUGCCCUGUGCCGUGCAGAGUUGUGAGUCAGCAGAGAGGGGAGAUAGCGAGGGUGGUUGUUCAUAGAUAGCUUAGCUUGGCCGAUUUUAAACGGAUGGAGCGAGGAGCGUCGUAUAUCUCCUGCUGUGUGUGUGUGUGAACCGUAGGUGUGUGCGUAUUGAUUAGGCGGAAGGUUGUGAGGGAAGGUCAACACUGGGCAGAGUGAUACCCGGUGUAACUUGGAGUUAACACUGGAAAUACACACACACACACACAUUCCUGGGAGGAGGACAAAAUCCUUGAGGAGACAGAGCGAGGGUGAGGUGUAGGUUGACGGACGAGUGGUGGCUGUGCAGCAGCCAUGGCAGAGAACUAUCUGUACCAACGUCUGCCCUUCGAGAGAGAAGAGGAGGAGGAAAAGAAGGAGGAGAGGAAGGAGAGACUAACGCAAGAGAAAGGGAGAGAAGAGAUGAUGGCGGAGGAGGGGACAGAGUGGUUGAUAGAUCUGUUGACAGAUGUUCAGCUCCAGCAGUAUUUCCUGCGUAUCCGUGACGAGCUCAACGUGACGCGCCUAUCCCAUUUCGACUACGUGAAGAAUGAAGAUCUGGAGAAGAUCGGCAUGGGACGCCCAGGCCAGAGGAGGCUUUGGGAAGCGGUCAAGAGGAGGAGAGCUCUAUAUAAACGCAAGUCCUGGAUGAGCAAGGUGCAGCACACAUCUCUGCUUUUGGCCCAGCAGGUUUUUCCAGGGAAAAGACCUGAUUCAGACUCAGACCCCCAGCAUCCCAGAGGGGCGUCGCCGACCUUGAUGACCCCAGGGUUAACCCCGUCCACUGACGUGCCCUCUUCAGGAGCCUCCCUGACCUGUCUGAUCCGGGAGGCGGAGCUUCAGCUGUGUGAACGCCUCGGAGACGGAACCUUCGGUGUCGUCCGGAGAGGAGAGUGGACCGGACCUACAGGACAAGUGCUGUCCGUUGCUGUGAAGUGCCUGAAGACAGACAGUGUGCUGGAGACGGAGGGCUUGGAUGAUUUCAUCCGGGAGGUGAAUGCUAUGCACUCCCUCAACCACCAGAAUCUCAUCCGCCUCUAUGGAGUGGUGCUCACACACCCCAUGAAGAUGGUGACGGAGCUGGCUCCUCUUGGUUCUCUCUUGGAUCGUCUCAGAAAGCGACAGGGACAUAUCCUCAUCUCAUCUUUGUGCAGUUAUGCAGUACAGGUGGCUUCUGGCAUGGCGUACCUGGAACAGAGGCGGUUCCUCCACAGAGAUCUGGCAGCGAGGAACGUCUUACUGUCCAACAAAGAGACUGUGAAGAUCGGCGACUUCGGCCUGAUGAGGGCUCUGCCCCCGCACCAGGACACGUACGUCAUGGAGGAGAGCCAGAAGGUGCCCUUUGCAUGGUGUGCUCCAGAGUCGUUGAGGAGCAGGACUUUCUCUCAUGCUUCAGAUACCUGGAUGUUUGGAGUCACUCUGUGGGAGAUGUUUACACAUGGACAGGAGCCAUGGGUAGGACUCAACAGCAGCCAGAUUUUGCACAGGUUGGAUGCGGAGGGGGAGAGGCUAGUGAAACCAGACGACUGUCCCCAGGAUGUCUACAACAUGAUGCUACAGACCUGGAGCCCUCAGCCUGACGACAGACCCACAUUCAUCGCCCUCCAAGACUUCCUGCUGGAGACCAUGCCUACAGACAUGAGAGCACUGCAGGACUUCGAAGAACCGGACAAACUCCAGAUCAACAUGAAUGACAUCAUCACCAUCAUCGAGGGCAGGGCGGAGCACUACUGGUGGAGAGGGCAGAACCGGAGGACGUUACGCGUGGGCCAGUUUCCUCGGCACGUGGUGACGUCGGUCAGCGGCCUGUCGGCUCAGGAUAUCAGCAGGCCACUCAGGCAUUCCUUCAUACACACCGGACACGGAGACACAGACCCCCACAGGAGCUGGGGACACGCCGACCGCAUAGACAGCCUAUACUUGGGAAACCCCAUGGACCCCCCAGAUGUUAUGGGAAUGGAUCCUUUCACUGCCCGGCCCACCAAACUACCCAACCGCACCAAGAAACAGCCCCCCCCUCGCCCCCCACAACCUGCUGUCAUGAUUAAGAAGCCAUUUUAUGACUCUGUGUUAGAUGAUGAUGAUGAUGAAUAUGAUGGUGCUUCAUCGGGUCUGAAGAGGCUGGGCUCCGCUAUUGGCCUUAGACUCCGCCCAUGGGAGGGGCCAGGUGUGAGGUCAGCCAAAAGUGAGGUCUCCCUUAUCGACUUCACAGAUGACAGCUUCAGCUCAGCAACUCCCUCACCUCUCACUGAGACACACUUACCUGACCAGAACACACUCCAGGACCUUCCUUCCAUCCUGGACUGGCCCCUCCCUCUUCCUGCUUAUGAUGAGGUUGCCAACGAAGCUGAGGGCCAACUGGCAGACCAGGAAGUUCGAUCUAUUACAGGAUUGGCUGAGAGGAUGUUGGCCCCACCCAGCGCUGAUGCAGAAGGGAGGGGUUUAACACAGUCAGCUGAUCUUUUCCAGGAGCUGCAGAGAGAGGUGAUGGUGAAGCUGCGUGUUCCCAUGACAGCUGGUCGUUCUCUCCCCUCCUCCCCACUCCCUCUCUCCCUGGCCCCCCCAGACCCUCACAGACAAAUCUACCUUCCUCCCCCCUCCUCAGAGGACAGGCCGGUUCUGCCCCCCCGGUCCCCAAUCCCGCCCCUCCGCUCCUCCAAACAAGUUUUCCUCGGAGAGAGGAAAGACACGCCCCCUCAGAUACCGCCCAGAGACCAUGCCUGCUCCUCCCCCUCCUCACGCUCCUCCUCCCCUCUCUCUCUAGUUCCUCCAACUUCUGUCUCCCCUUUGUCCUCCUCUCCUCUCUGUCUCCCUCCCCCUCCCCUCUCUGUGUCCCCUCGUCAGAGAUCUGGGCUGUACGGUGUGGUUGGUCCUUUAGUCUCUUCCUCCCCAUCCUCCUCCUCUCCAUCAACCUCCAGGCUCAUGGCUGCCCCUCCCCCCACUUCCUUAUUGGAGCCCCUUUGUAUGGGGAGUGGCAAAUCAAUGCUUAUUUACAGCUCUCAGAAUACUGAACGCCCUGCCUACCUGGAGAGGUAUGGAGCCGCCAAAAUGGCCACAGUCCGACCCAUGAUGCAACAACAGCCAGGCGGGGGUGGGGCCAGGCCUAACUCAUCCCACAACAACAACAACAACCACAGGACUCAGCAUGUAACUACAGUUCCCAGCAUGCACUGGGAGAACUGCCUCAUUGAGGUGCAGGGGGCAGUGCAUGGUGUGACAGCAGAGGAGUGUGAAGCAGCUCUGGAGACUCACUGUGGGAACAUACCUCAGGCAAUAUGCGACCUAAAGGUGGAACAGCUGUUCCGGCUGGGUCUGCAUUCUAGAUCAGAGUGCAAAGAGGUUCUUGAACGUUGCCAGUGGGACCUGGAACAGGCCGGAACCCUUCUACUGGAAUCUUAUGGAAAAGUAGUCUAAAACAGACCCCCAACUCCAGGAGUCCAGAACAACAAAAGAUGUGACACUCUAAACUUUAAGCUAUUACUUUACCCUUAUUUAUACAAGCUGUCUCAUUAAGAUGAAUCUCUUUUCCAAGGGAGCAGUGUUUCUGUUUACGUCUGGAAUCUUUAAGGGUAACAUCGCAGUGUUUGUUUGCAGUUUUACAGCAACAAAGAAGUCACUGCAAACAGCAAAUAGUCCCCCCCCCCUCAGAACGCGUGGUAGAUUCCCCACUGUGUGAAACUCCCCACCUCUGCUUUGACAAGUCAAAAACUGUAACAGUUGGUUUGAGGCGGACAGUGGCACUGUUUCCACUUACAUCCGAUUGCAACUUAAACUAGUCAUUCAGCAGAUGUUCCUAUCUAGAGUGACUUUCAAUGUUGAUAGCAUAUUUCAUUCUUCCCAGUACUGGUCAUCCGUAAGCCAGAUGAGGCCAACAGACACACAGCUGGAGACUUGUAGUCCAGCCCGUAGAAAUAGCGUUCACAGAACAGACAACACUAUUCAUAUCAUUCCCUUGCUUGAGAUGAGGACCUGGCUGAAUCAUAUUGAGGGAAACACUGGACCAACACAUGACUGCAUGCUCAGUAGAUAAGUUAUUGUUAUAACAGUUAUAUCAUUGUUAGUAAAACUGUUUCUCACAGGGUCAAAUAUUAAGCAUAAAUAUUUAUUGUUUGGAUAUUUAAAGAUUAGUUGUGUUACACAUCAGUUCUCUGUUUGUGUGUGUGCGCGCGCGCGGGCGCGUUUAAAUCCUCAUGAUUUCACUGUAAUGCUGUGAUCAGGGAGAUAAAAUUAUACUUGUUAAUGACACUACCACAACACUCGAGACAAUGUAUCCAUAUUUACGGUUUUGCACAGAUAAAAUGGCUCGUGGUAAAGUAUGAGGAUAAUGUUUAAUAGAAAUAAUAAUACAAGUUGCAAUAUACCGUUGCAAAGUGUAAAGAUAAUUCAUUACGUGUAAAUGUGCGAAGUUAGACAGACCGACAGAUGAGAUUUUAAGAUAAGGCUUGAUGAUAAUCAUGAACAUGCUGACGUAGUUGUGUUUGCUCGUCUCAAGCUGUGGCGCGAGGCGUCAGGGGUGGUAGGAUGAAAAAUGACAAUGAGGAAAACAACGACAAUUACGAAACACAACGAGGCAAUCACACAACGUACAGAUCUAUCCGCAGGUGGUCCGACUACCGCAGCGAGUGUGUGCGCGCGCCUGGAGCAGUGAUAAUGACCACACAUUCUGAGGCAAUCAUACAACACUCUUACCCAUUGGCGGGCGGGGGGUGAGCGCGUGCUUUCGCGCGCUGGGUUUUCUUCACUGGUUGUGCUCUAAACUGACAGCAGUGAUUUUGCCGAAAUGUUUGACUGUUGGAAGACUGACCUGUAAUACAACAGCUAUUUUAUAAUAAACUCAUUUUUGGAUCAAC